GCACGCGCCCACCGGGCCUGUCCCUUAUCUAGCGAGCCCCUAGGCCACGCCCCCAUAGCCACGCCCAGCGCGACCCCAGGCAUCCUAGCCCUGAGCCGCAGGAGUUCUCGCCGGGUCCGUUAGAUCCGCUCCGGUCACUGCCGCCACCAUGUUCAGCUGGGUCAGUAAAGACGGUCGGAAGAACGAGCCCGAGCUCUUCAAUACGGUGGCCGACGGGCUCCGCAAGCUGUACAACCACAAGCUGCUGCCCUUAGAGGAGACGUACCGCUUCCACGACUUCCACUCCCCGGCGCUGGAGGAUGCCGACUUCCAUAACAAGCCCAUGGUGCUGCUGGUGGGGCAAUACAGCACGGGCAAGACCACCUUCAUCCGACACCUCAUGGAGCAGGACUUCCCCGGCAUGAGGAUCGGGCCCGAACCCACCACCGACUCGUUCAUCGCCGUUAUGCACGGCCCGGUGGAGGGGGUCCUGCCCGGCAAUGCGCUGGUCGUGGACCCCAAGAAGCCGUUCAGGAAACUAAGCGCCUUCGGGAACGCCUUCCUCAACAGGUUCAUGUGUGCUCAGCUUCCUAACCCUGUCCUGGAGAGCAUCAGCAUCAUAGAUACACCUGGAAUUCUGUCUGGGGAGAAACAACGUAUCAGUAGAGGUUAUGAUUUUGCAGCAGUCUUGGAGUGGUUUGCCGAACGCGUGGAUCGCAUUAUUCUGCUUUUUGAUGCUCACAAGUUGGACAUAUCUGAUGAAUUUUCUGAGGUCAUCAAGGCUUUAAAAAACCAUGAGGAUAAAAUCCGAGUUGUACUCAAUAAGGCAGAUCAGAUUGAAACCCAACAGCUUAUGAGGGUAUAUGGGGCCCUCAUGUGGUCAUUGGGCAAGAUCAUCAACACUCCAGAGGUGGUGCGGGUUUACAUUGGUUCAUUCUGGUCCCAUCCUCUGCUCAUCCCAGACAACCGCAAAUUGUUUGAGGCUGAGGAGCAAGACUUAUUCAAGGAUAUUCAGUCCUUACCCAGGAAUGCUGCCCUCCGCAAGCUGAAUGACCUCAUCAAAAGAGCCAGGCUGGCUAAGGUCCAUGCUUAUAUUAUUAGUGCAUUAAAAAAGGAAAUGCCAAAUGUCUUUGGUAAAGAUAACAAGAAAAAGGAGCUGAUCAAUAACCUGGCAGAGAUCUACCUGAAAAUAGAGAAAGAACAGCAGAUCUCACCUGGAGAUUUUCCCAACCUCAGGAAAAUGCAGGAAAUUCUAAGUACCCAGGACUUUUCUAAAUUCCAGUCCAUAAAGCCGAAGUUGCUGGAUGCAGUGGAUGACAUGCUGGCCAAUGACAUUGCUAAGCUUAUGGUCAUGGUCAGACAAGAGGAAUCCCAAAUGACAAAUCAGGUGGUCAAAGGAGGAGCAUUUGAGGGAACCAUGAAUGGUCCAUUUGGCCAUGGAUAUGGGGAAGGAGCCGGAGAGGGUAUUGAUGAUGUAGAGUGGGUAGUAGGUAAAGAUAAGCCAACAUAUGAUGAGAUCUUUUACACACUUUCUCCUGUCAAUGGAAAAAUCACCGGUGCCAGUGCCAAAAAGGAAAUGGUGAAGUCCAAGCUCCCCAACACAGUGUUGGGCAAAAUCUGGAAGUUAGCAGAUGUGGACCGAGAUGGUUUUCUUGAUGAUGAAGAGUUUGCUUUAGCAAAUCACUUGAUAAAAGUAAAGUUAGAAGGGCAUGAGCUCCCAGCGGAUCUGCCUCCUCACUUAGUCCCGCCUUCUAAACGGCGGGGAGAGUGAUGACAACCUUCUCUGCCCCCCCACUUCCCAUCUUUGGAGUCUUCCUUUUUUCUCUUUUCUUUAUGCAAUGCCAUAUUUGAAAAAAAAAAAACUACUACAAACAGUAAAGAGGAGAUACUACGCCUACGUAACUCUUUUAAAAUGUAUAAAAAUAAAUUCUUACAAAACGGCUCUAAAUAAAACAAGACUGAUUUAUUGGUGAAACAAAGAUUAUGUGUCAGUACAUUAGAUUAAAGGCUAAUGUUACGCUGGUUCUGCAGCUGAGGUCUUGGGGUAGGUGAAACGUCCAUCUCCUGUCUUGUCCUGUAAAAUUACUGUAAUAGUAAAACCGCGAUCCAUGACCUAUGAAGAAACGUCAGCUGAUUCUUGAGUUGCUGUCGACUUUACUCAGUUCUGAAGAUGUGUGCACAUGAAUGGCGCUUUCUUUUUGAUUGGUAUCAUUCAUAAACUGUUCAUACCAUUUGGAAAUCUGUCUUUGGACUGUUGACAAACAUGCUCUGAUGUUCGUGGUACCACCAGCUUACUGCCUCAUUUGUAGAUAAACCUACAUAAAAGGAGACCCAUCAUAUCACAAGGUGGUCGUGUUGACCUCUUUUCUGUCGUUCCAUCUGUUUAUUUUAUUGCCUUGCAAAACAUUGAAGCUGCUAAUAUGUUUGAUCAAUGCUUCUUUGCUAACAGUGUUAUUUUUCCAGUAUUGUUACAGCAUCGUCCAUAUCUUUUACCACCUUGAAUGAAUAAGCUAUGAACAUGAAGGCUGUGAGGCUAUUACCAAGGGAAAUUGAGGUUGUUUUUUUCUUUUUGCCUUUGUCAUAGCUGAAGUUAAAGAAUUAUUAGAAUAUUUAAGAGACCCUAUGGUGUACAUGAAAUUGUCUUUUAGUAGGUUUAAGAUCACAGGGACUGUGUGUGGCCAAACAAAUACACACCCAUAGCUGCAACUUUUCCAAGCCAGCUAUGAUGUGGACUUUGAUAAUAGAUGGUGAUUUGGAUCCAUGCAUUAUACCUAUGAUGACCCUUUCACAGCACAGAGCAGGAUGUGUUGUCAUGAGGACAAUUGAAGGUUUCUUGCCUGUUAACCCUGAAAAGUAUGUGAUUAAAUUGACUCUUUCAUCUUUAUAGACAUUGGUUGCCUGCUGUUACUGUGGGAAGUGACAUCCAUUUUAUUUAAUGUUGUGAUGAUGCUUACCCUUUAUAAGGUGCACGUACUAAACCUAUAUCAUG